AGGAACUAAUUUGUCACCUGUGGAUUUGGACUGUUCCAUUGGAUUAUUUUGCUGUAAAAAUAAAUAAGAGAGAGAAAAGAUCUCAACUAAAGCGAUCAUGUUCACCCAGAUACGCAUCCACUUGGGAACGUUCAUCUUUGUGAUGAUGUUUCUUACAGUGUCUCCGUUAUCUAAUCACCAUGCACUUGUGAAAGUAUACGAUCCCGUCAUGCUCAUCUGCAACAGUACAUGUUCGGGUGAUGUUUCAUGGAUGUUCUCGGUGCGGACUGAAAUACUUGUGAGUGAAUGUAAGAGGAGCACUUGUGUUGAAGGCAACGGUUUCGAGAACCGAACGAGGUUUGUGCAUGGAGGACCAUCUCUUCAACUCAACCCUGUCAUGUACAACGACAAGGGCUGGUACGUCUGCUACUGCGACAAAGCCGAGAUAUGCAAAUUUCAUCUUGACGUAGUUUUCGCUACUCUGAAAAGCGUUUGCGUCGGAGAGAAUGUGACUCUCCCCUGCUACGCUAACACAGACAAGCGUAUCCCUGACAAAAACAUCAACGUUCAGUGGGAAAAAGAUGAUCAACCUUUCGUGACGCUUCAGCGUGGGAAGAUGAGCUACGGUCCAGGUUUCGAAGGUCACGGCUUCAUUACGGCGAGCCAGUAUAAAAAUGGAGAUCUGUCCCUGACCAUCCCCAAGGUCCAGCAGUCUGACGGAGGGAUAUAUCGCUGUAGACACAGACACGAGGAACCGGGUCAACCCGAAGCCGUCGAUCUCAGGAUCAGUGAGUCUUCAGAGUGUGGAGCAGUAAAGCAGUCCACUUUUUCCAUGGUGGGGAGUUCUGCUGGUGGUUGUUGCCAUUGUUGUUAUUUUUUGUGCUGUUGGAGUUUUCUACUAAUAUUUUACACAUAUAUUGAAUUGUCGGAAAAUACUACAGCGCUAUAUCGAUGAAGAAAAUUACAUGCUGGGUUAAUCGAAUGGUAAAUCAUAGUUUGGAAGCGCAGGUGGUGCACGUAGAUAAGAUUUCUGAGCAGUUUGCGGAGAGAAGAAAAGAAGAUGAACACCGGAUAAGCAGCAGGGCUUGCAACUCUCACAACUUCUACCACUAAUAAAAAAAGGAAGCUGUCACUGUGACAGCUGGAGAGUUGGAAUCCCAAAAACAAACAGGACUGAAAGUUCAAACAACAGUCUGAACAGAUCGGAGCUGUAAAAUUGGGAAUGAGCAUUGAAUGUAGAAUGAAUUCAUUGUGAGAAUAGAAACCAACUCUGGCUGCAUCUGAAAAAUACAAAAUCCAUGUACUAUUGGGUUUUGACUAGAGAUGCACCGAUGUAUCGGUUAUUUUUCCCCGCUACCUGCUUUCGGCCGAUAGUUUAAAAACAUCAGGACCGAUUAUAUCCUGUCAAUCAAAAGAGGGCGGGAAAACUCAUUGAUUUCGUGCUGUGUGUAAAGAUGAUGUCUCUUGUGUGGAAUGAUGACAAAACUGCAGUUUGUAAUCUCUGCUAAAAUUUUACACCGGGAGUGAGCAGCAGAGAAGCCUUCUCGCGUUGAAUUAAAGGGCCAGUACACCGUUGAAAGAUUUAAAUGAUGAAUGACAAAAAAGUAUAUAUUGCACAGAAAAAUAUAUUUGUAGAGUAGUAUAUUUCAUAUGCAGUUAAUGUUAAUGAGUUAAUAUCAU